GUACAGGCAGCCAGCAGACCAUUCUCCAUGAGGAGCAGUAGAAGAUGCCGGCUCUGCCAGCACUGCUGCUGUCAAUACACUUCCUCUCCUUCCUGCUAGUCACCAUGCCGCCACGCUCCCUCAGUCAGGCCCCCCUGCUCUCCUCCGUCCGUAUGGCGGCAAUCCUGGACGACCAGUCUGUGUGUGGGCGUGGGGAGCGGCUGGCGCUGGCCCUGGCCAGGGAGAACAUCAACAGCGUGAUGGAGGGUCCGGCCCGAGCCCGAGUGGAAGUGGACAUAUACGAGCUGCAAAAAGACUCCCAGUACGACACUACCGACACCAUGUGUCAGAUUCUACCCAAAGGCGUCGUCUCUGUGAUAGGUCCCGCCUCCAGCCCCGCCUCUGGUUCUACUGUCAGUCACAUAUGUGGAGAGAAGGAGAUCCCUCAUGUGAAGAUUGGUCCUGAGGAAACUCCACGCUUGCCGUACCUGCGCUUUGCCUCUGUCACUCUGUACCCUAGCAACGAGGACCUGAGCCUGGCCAUAGGAGCCAUCUUGCGCUCGUUCAGUUACCCCUCAGCCAGCCUGGUCUGUGCCAAGGCUGAGUGCCUGCUGAGAUUGGAGGAGCUGGUCCGCCGCUUUCUCAUCUCCCGGGAGACGCUGUCAAUCAGGAUGCUGGAUGACAACCUGGACCCUACGCCGCUGCUGAAGGAGAUCCGUGACGACAAAGUGGCCACCAUCAUCAUCGACGCCAAUGCUUCUGUCUCCUAUCUCAUCCUUAAAAAGGCAUCGGAGCUGGGGAUGACAUCAGCAUUUUACAAGUACAUCCUCACCACCAUGGACUUCCCCCUCCUGAGACUGGAUGAUAUAGUGGAUGAGCAGUCCAAUAUCGUGGGAUUCUCCAUGUUUAACACUACGCAUCCCUUCUACUUGGAGUUCAUCAGGAGCCUCAACCUCUCUUGGAGGGAGGGCUGUGACCUGACAUACCCCGGCCCUGCGCUCUCGUCAGCACUGAUGUUUGAUGCGGUGCAUGUGGUGGUGGGGGCGGUGAGGGAAUUGAACCGCAGUCAGGAAAUAGGAGUGAAGCCGCUCAGCUGCACCUCGCCUCAGAUCUGGCAACACGGGACCAGUCUUAUGAACUACCUGCGCAUGGUGGAGUACGACGGUCUGACAGGGCGUGUGGAGUUCAACAGCAAAGGUCAAAGGACCAACUACACCCUGCGGAUCCUGGAGAAACACCGAGGAGGUCACAAAGAGAUCGGGAUCUGGUACUCCAACAACACCCUGAUAAUGAAUUCCACCAGUCUGGAUAUUAAUGUCUCAGAGACGCUGGCAAACAAGACCCUCAUUGUCACCACCAUACUGGAGAACCCAUAUGUGAUGCGUAAGGACAACUACCAGGAAUUCCAGGGUAACGACCAGUAUGAGGGCUUCUGCGUCGACAUGCUUAGGGAGCUGGCAGACAUCUUGAAAUUCUCCUUCAAAAUCAAGCUGGUGGAUGAUGGGCUGUAUGGGGCUCCAGAGCCCAACGGCUCUUGGACUGGCAUGGUUGGAGAGCUAAUCAACAGGAAAGCAGACCUGGCCGUGGCGGGCUUCACCAUCACAUCGGAGAGAGAGAAAGUUAUCGACUUCUCUAAGCCGUUCAUGACCCUGGGGAUCAGCAUCUUGUACAGAGUUCAGCUGGGUCGGAAGCCAGGUUACUUCUCCUUUCUCGAUCCCUUCUCUCCAGCUGUCUGGCUCUUCAUGCUGCUCGCCUACCUGGCUGUCAGCUGUGUGCUCUUCCUGGCUGCAAGGCUGAGCCCCUACGAGUGGUACAACCCUCACCCGUGUCUGCGAGAGCGCAGGGACAUGCUGGAGAACCAGUACACCCUGGGAAACAGCCUGUGGUUCCCUGUUGGAGGCUUCAUGCAGCAGGGAUCAGAAAUAAUGCCCAGAGCCCUGUCUACCAGAUGUGUUAGUGGGGUGUGGUGGGCGUUCACCCUGAUCAUCAUCUCCUCCUACACGGCCAACCUGGCGGCCUUUCUGACCGUCCAGAGGAUGGAGGUUCCCAUCGAGUCCCCGGACGACUUGGCUGACCAGACCAACAUCGAGUAUGGCACCAUCCAUGGAGGGAGCACCAUGACCUUCUUCAUGAACUCUCGUUACCAGACUUACCAGAGGAUGUGGAACUACAUGAACUCUAAGCAGCCCAGUGUAUUUGUGAAAAGCACAGAGGAGGGCAUUGCCCGUGUGCUCAACUCCAAGUAUGCCUUCCUGAUGGAGAGCACCAUGAAUGAAUACCACCGCGGCCUCAACUGUAAUCUCACACAGAUAGGAGGCCUGCUGGACACCAAGGGCUACGGCAUUGGCAUGCCACUGGGGUCUCCGUUCAGAGAUGAGAUCACGCUGGCCAUCCUCCAGCUGCAGGAGAAUAACAGGCUAGAGAUACUGAAGAGGAGGUGGUGGGAGGGAGGCCAAUGUCCCAAAGAGGAGGACCACCGUGCCAAGGGUCUGGGCAUGGAGAACAUUGGGGGCAUCUUCGUGGUGCUGAUCUGUGGCCUCAUCAUUGCCGUGUUUGUGGCCAUUAUGGAGUUUGUGUGGUCGACACGCCGCUCGGCAGAGACUGAUGAGGUAUGCCCCCAUACCUGCCCUCGCCGACCCCACAGACACACCCCAGUGUCUGUCUGUCAGGAGAUGAUCACAGAGUUCCGAAACGCCGUCUCCUGUAAGAAGAGUUCCCGUAUGCGCCGUCGGCGGCCCCUCAGCAGCUCAGCAGCCCUGCGCCACCCCACACGCAUAGCUCUAGGGGCCCCUCGGCCCCUGCGCCUGGUGCGGGAGAUGCGCCUUAGCAACGGAAAGCUCUACAGUGGAGCUGGCCCCCUGACAGGUGGAGCUGGAGGUGGAGCAGGGGGGACAGGGCCUUCAGAUCUGGGCCCUGGACCACAGCGGAUCCUAGAUGAUCCGCUGGGGGCCAACACCACCCCUCCUCCACCAGCCCCCACCCCUGUGAUGCUGCCCGCCCGCAGCUGCACCCAUGUGAGGAUCUGCCAAGAGUGCCGGAGGAUCCAGAACCUGAGAUCAGGCAGUAGUAUAGGAUCAACCUCAACAAGAAUACCACCCUCAUCAGCACCCCUGCCCAGGCUACCCCCACCCCCUCCUCCAUCCUCAUCCAACACAGACAGUGAGGGUGGAGGGGGGCCCAGCCCAAGGCGGCUACAUCACAGCCCCCCACCUCAUACCCCUCGACCCAUUCCACCUCCACAGAGCAGCAACACCACAGACCUACUGGUUGACCAGGACUGA